AGUUACGAGACUGUUGCGGUGUAAACGUAGUGCAAAAUAAAUCGCGAGUUUAAUUUUUUUUCGGUUUUGAUUGGAAAAAACUACUGCAAGAAAAAUGCCUGACACUGUCACCAACGGAUACACCAACGGGAACGGACACAUGCCCUACGACAUGGAAAACGGAUCGAAUUUUCUUUUCACAUCGGAAUCGGUCGGUGAGGGCCAUCCAGAUAAAAUGUGUGACCAAAUUAGUGAUGCAGUACUAGACGCCCAUUUAAAACAGGAUCCCAAUGCCAAAGUUGCCUGUGAAACUGUGACGAAAACCGGCAUGGUCUUGCUUUGCGGAGAAAUUACAUCAAAAGCCAAUGUAGACUAUCAAAAAGUUGUCAGAGAAACUGUAAAACACAUAGGCUAUGACGAUUCUUCAAAAGGGUUUGAUUACAAGACGUGCAGCAUAAUGCUGGCGCUGGACGCCCAAUCGCCCAACAUCGCUGCUGGGGUGCAUGAACACCGCAAUGAAGAAGAAAUCGGGGCCGGCGAUCAGGGUCUUAUGUUUGGAUACGCAACAGAUGAAACAGAAGAAUGCAUGCCAUUGACAGUUGUUUUUGCACACAAAUUGAACGAAAGAAUCGCGGAAUUGAGAAGAUCUGGGGAAUUUUGGUGGGCAAGGCCUGAUUCUAAAACACAAGUAACAGCCGAAUACACAUUUAGCUAUGGAGCUUGCAUUCCACAAAGAAUACACACAAUUGUUGUAUCGCUACAACACAGCGACAAAAUCACUUUGGAAGAGCUCAGACAGUCUAUCAAAGAUAAAGUGGUCAAAGAAGUUAUUCCUGCCAAAUAUAUGGAUGAACAUACAGUUGUACACAUUAAUCCAUGUGGGUUAUUUAUAAUUGGAGGACCACAGAGUGAUGCCGGUUUGACAGGCAGAAAAAUCAUCGUGGACACGUACGGAGGCUGGGGAGCGCACGGAGGCGGCGCCUUUUCCGGCAAAGACUUUACAAAAGUUGAUAGAUCUGCCGCCUACGCCGCCCGCUGGGUUGCCAAGUCUCUCGUAAAAGCGGGAGUUUGCCGCCGUUGCCUCGUCCAAGUAUCAUACGCCAUCGGCUUGGCCGAGCCCCUUUCCAUUUCAGUAUUCGAUUACGGAACCUCCAAACUCAACCAGAAACAAUUAUUGGAAAUUGUCAAUAGUAAUUUCGAUUUGAGGCCAGGCAAAAUUGUCAAGGAAUUAAAUUUGCGUCAACCUAUUUACCAGAAAACAAGCACAUAUGGACAUUUUGGACGCAACGGUUUCACAUGGGAAUCACCGAAAACACUCAAACUUGGCCACUACGCGAAUCUGAUUUAACGUUUUUUUUAAUUUUUUUUUUUGAUGAUAGAUCCAUUUUUAAGCUCCUCUUUUUAUAAUAGUCAUAUAAAUGUGUGUAGACUUUAGGGAAUAAUUUAUACCGACCAUCAUUCAAAUCUGUGAUGGCCCCAAGUGAAGUAUUUUUUUUUUUUCAUUUCAUUUUGGCAUUUGAGAGCCAAUGGGUUUUCUUUUGCGGCUCAACCACAGCUAAUUAAUUUUUGAUUGACUGUGAUAUUUUUUAAUUGAAUUAUUUUAAAAUCAAUUGGGUCAAGCUUUUGCCACUCCACAAACAAAAUUGUUGAAGUUUUAUACAAAAUCUAGUCAACUUUUUAAACAAAAACAUUUUUUGCUAACAAAAUCAAAUCUUAACAUAGUUGUAAUCCACCGAUCCUAUGCUGUUUUUUAGUUAAAAAACGAAAAACAGGUUGGUGUAUCGGUAUGAUUAUGUUGUGCUGAUGACCAAAAAAAAUGGGAAAAGAGCGUGUCGUUGGCACACCGGUUUGAGCCGCAAAAAGAUCUCGAGCAUCAACUUCCCCAGUUGCCAAAAAAACUUUAAAGACACGAUUAUUUAUUUAUUUAAAUAAUUAGGGCAUUUAUUGAAUUGCUGCCAUUUUUAGGGAAAAUAUUCGCCAUAACUAAGACACAAAAUUUUUAUCAAUAAUUAGGUAUAACAAUAUUAUUUUAAUAAUACUAUAUAAGUUUAGUAAUUUAUUGUGAUGUAAAAAAUGGUUUUAAAUAUUGUUAAUUGUAAAAAACUAGUAAUUAUUUUGAAAUUUUCAGAAUUAGGUGGCACUUUUUGAACAGAAAUAAUAUAGAAAAAU